AUGUUCAGGGAUUACACGUACUGCAGGCAUUACGCUGUAAGGAACGUCAAAUAUAUUCGCACGGACAAUGGGAAAUACUUACUGAUGUUUAGAAAUUACACGUACAGCAGGCAAUACUCUGCAAGCACUGGGGUCCGGUGGAAGUGCUCGAGGCAGUCUUCAAAGAAGUGCAACGCCUUCCUUCUAAUUGGCGAAGGCGACGUAAUCUUACGGCAGUGUGAGGAACACACACAUAAGCCAUGGAAAUAUCAUUGCAAUUCUGAUGGAACUUACACUAAAAUAUGA